AUGGACCAAAAAACAAAAGGUGUAUUUACUUCGAUUGCAUUUACUAAUUGGAAAAAGGCACUAGGUGAUAAUGGAAAAUUAAUGAAACAUUCUCGAUCACUAUAUCAUCUAAUGGCAAUUGACAACGACACAUUUCGACAUCAAGAAGGUUCUGUUCUGCAGCAAAUAGUUACGGUAAGUGAAACACAAAAGAAAGAAAAUAGAGAUCGUUUAAGUGAUUUACUUGAUUGCUGUUAUUUUCUCUUCAAAAAUGAAUUACCACAUACAACCAUGUACGAUCCAUUACUACAAUUGAUUGGUCGUCUUGAUCAUAGUUCUAAACUCGCCGACUUUUUUCAAAAUUGCAAGAAAAAUUCUACUUACAAUAGUACAACAUCGGUAACUGAAUUUCUUGAAUCUACCAAUGAAAUUUUAGAACAGAACAUUCUUAAUAAAAUUCGACAGUCAAGGUUUAUUAGCAUCAUGUCUGAUGAAGGAACUGAUAUUAAUAGACAUGGAAAUUUAUGUAUUUGCAUCAGAUACUGUGAUCAAAUGACUGGAGCACCAUGUGAAAGUUACGUAAGUUUAUUGCAUUUAAAAAAUAAAGAUGCAGAAUCUAUUUUUAAUUCUAUUGUAACGGAUUUACAAAAGAAAAACAUUAAUUUAAACAAAAUUCGCUUCGUCUCAUUUGACGGCGCUGCAGUCUUCAGUGGAAUACAUAAUGGUGUUGCAGCUAGAUUUCGUGAUGCAUUCAAUACAGCAAUAUUAUUUAUUUAUUGUCGAGCUCAUUUGUUACAACUAGCUGUAAUUUCUGCUGCUGAAGAUUCUCCUGAUGUUUCUAGAAGCUUAUCUGCACUUAAAUCAUUAGUUAAUUUUAUCAAUCGGUCAUCGGUAAGAUUAAUUUUAUUUGAAAAUAUUCAAGAUAUUUUUAGGAAUCAACAUAUUAAAUUGAUCCAACCCGGUGAUACACGUUGGCUUUCUAAUUCUUUAGCUAUUCGAUCUCUUUUACAAUCUUAUCAAUCAUUAUUAAUAACACUUGAAAGUAUUUAUAAUGAAAACAAUGAAGAUAGUGCGGAAGCACUAGGUCUCUACAAUAUUUUAUCGAAUGAAGGAACUGCAUUUAUUCUUCAUACACUUCAACCAAUAUUAGACACUUUAGCAACUUUAUCAAAAUCUAUUCAAACAAAAGCGGCUGAUUUCAAGCAAUUACAAGAUUUUUUAACAUCAACUCUCCUUCGACUUGAACAACUUAAAGACUACAAUUCUGAUGAUUAUGUUGCUAUAAUUGAAACUAUUCAAAAAUUAUCAUUAAAUUCUUCUACAAUUCGAAUUUCAAGAUCAUCAAUAUCAAAUUUAGAAUUAAAUGUCAGUGAAGUUUUUUCUACAAAAGUUCUUCCAUUCAUUGAAAAUGUUAUUAAUAAUAUUCAAUCUCGUUUCGAACAUAGUACUCUGAAUUUACUCAAUUGUUUUAUGAUAUUUGAUAUGGAAAAUUUGAACGAUAAUAAGGAUUAUGGUGAUGAGGAAAUACGUACCAUUCAACAGCAUUAUGCAAGUGACAUUGAUGAAUCUAUCAUUUAUGAAUGGAAAACAUUUCGUACAUAUUUAUUAGCAAAAAAAAAUGGUGGUAAACUUAUGACUCAGAGAGAAAUUUGUAUAAAGCUCGUACAAGAUGGUAUGUUAAAGGAAAUUUAUCCACAGUUAUCAUUAGCAGCAGAAAUCUUUCUGGUCGCCCCUAUCAGUACAGCUACAGUCGAAAGAAAUUUCUCAACAAUGAAUAGAAUUCUUACAAAAUUAAGAAACCAAUUAACAAUACAACAUGUUGAUCAAUUAAUGAGAAUUUCCAUUGAAGGUGAAGAUACUUUAAAUGAAGAAAUCAAAGAAGAAAUAAUCAAUUACUGGAAAAAACUAAAACCACGUCGAUUAGCUGUUUGA